GUGCGCCACACUUAUUUCUGUGACCAAGUAGAACAAAAACACAUACGCCUCCUUGUAGAAUACAUUUAAUUUGGCUAAAACAUGCAAUCAGCCAAAAAGCAAAUCGAGCACACAAAGAAAGCUAAUUCGCAAAGAAAUAAGUUAAAAGGUAGGCGAAGGCAAUUGCCAUACGACAGUCGGUAACUGACAAGGAAGCACACAGGACACCACAAAAUACAUUUACGGCCUACGACAUUGGGCGCAACUAUUGUAAAUACAUUGUUGAAAUUGACGUGCGCCGGAAAUAGCAACUGGUAGUUGCAAGCAUAGCGCAGUAUAUACGAGUUAUAAUGUCGGUAUAUGCAUGGGGCGCCAACUCGCACGGACAACUCAGCCUUGGCUUUGAAUCGGAGUUGUGCACGACACCACAACUAGUGCGGGCGUAUUCGUUUAAUCCGACUAGCUUGCGCCGUAUCCGUGGCGGUGGCGGUCAUGUGCUUGUGCUCGACACCAACGGACGGAUACAUGCCUGUGGCUGGAAUGGACGCGGCCAGUUAGGUUUAGACUCGCGCGAAGAGUGUUUUAAUGAAUUUCAAACUAUACCUGGUGAAUAUUUUGGGGAUGUACCUGUGGAAAGUAUUGCUUGCGGUUGGGAUAUAUCUGGCUGCAUAACUGUGACGAAAAAGCUUUACGUUUGGGGUUCUAAUUGCUUUCAACAGCUAGGGCUGUGUCAACGCGAAUUCAAUGCAGUACGACGUCCACUGCCUGUGAUUUUGCCGCGCCAUGAUGCACCUGCACGCAUUAGUUUCGGACUACGGCAUUGUGCAAUUCUCACCGAGGAUCAUAAGGUGUAUGUUUUCGGGCGUCUGCGUAUUAGUGAUGAGCCGCCGUCGGAUUUGUGCAUAACAGCGACAACGCUCAAUUGUGCGCCCGUAAUAAAAAUUCAAGUAAACGAACCCAGUGAGGUGCGUAUCACUGGUGUGGCAAGUGGUCAAAAUCAUAUUUUGCUUAAAGUGGUUGACCUGCAAUACGGUGGUGGUGCUAAGCGUGUGAUUGCGCUGGGUGACAAUAAAUUCGGUCAAGCGAAUUUUUUUCAAUUCGAGGAUGAAAUUAAACAAAUAGCUACCGGUUGGACGCACAAUGCCGUGAUGUUAAAUGAUAAACGAGUUUUAACUUGGGGACGCAACUGCUAUGGACAGUUGGGUAUUGGCAGUAUAACCCAAAAUCAAGCAACGCCACAAGAGAUUGAUUUGCGCAGUUCGAUUGUGCCGGCAUAUUUAGCCUUGGGCUCAGAGCAUGGCCUUAUACGUAGCACUGAUGGUGACAUAUACACCUGGGGAUGGAACGAGCAUGGCAAUUGCGGCAAUGAUGCAACGGAUAAUUUAUGUGCGCCUACGCAGGUUCUACUCCCAGGGCCUUGCAAAGUUGCUGGCGCUGGCGCAGGAUUUUGCUAUGCGAUCUGCGACGACACGUCUAAGAAAAGCAACUAAGAAAAAAAUGCAAAUUCCCAUGGCAGCCGGUUCUACGUUACCGGAACGACUCGGGGGCUUUCCCGACCAAGGGCUGCCGCCCCAGUAAACUAGCCCGGUCUAGUGAACCGUUUAUCAUUAAAAAUGCAAAUUGUUUAUAUUAUGAAAACAUAUGUAUAU